UCCGUCCUUCGCUUCCCUGCGAUUCUCUCUGUCUGACAAUGAAGAAGUGCUGCCAGAAGCUGUUCCGCCGACUUUCGCGCGUAGCGGAUUCGUCGCAGUACUCUCCCUUGCGAUCGGAGUUGUCGGGGCAGUCGCAUACACGUUCCGGAAAGUUCUGCAGAUCCAAGGUCCGAUCGGAGGCAGUGCCGGCCGGUCACCUACCAGUUUACGUUGGCGAUGAGAUGGAGCGGUUCGUCGUGAGCACUCGGCUGUUGAAUCAUCCGGUGUUCGCGAAGCUGCUCGACGAGUCGGCUCAAGAGUACGGAUACAACCAGCAAGGAGCGCUUCGGAUUCCCUGCCAUGCCGACAUCUUCGAACGCCUUGUCGAAGCUUUCCGCGUCGGCGAUGAGUGCUGUCUUCAAGAUCUUCUUCUCAAUUCUUGAUCUGAUCGUUCGCAUCCUUUACUCUUUUCAAGGUGGCCUUUCUUUUGUUUUUUGGACAGUGAGAUAGUAAGUCGUAGGUUUAUGUUCCAGAACGAUCGUUGUACUGAAUUUUGGAAUCGCUCUGUGAUUGAUAGGAAAAGAUUCAAACAGGAAUCGCGUACUGUAAACUUCAAUUAGCCGGUUAGACAGUCGGUGAGAUGCGAUGAUAAGGGA